AUGGCGAGUGCCUGGCUGGCCCGCGUGCGGCGCCUCAACGCCCAUAACCUGACGACAUUUCGAGAUGCGCCCCUGGCCGAGAUAUCCGGCUCUCUGGGCGAUUUGGGCACCCUGCUUCCCCUGAUGAUCGCCCUCGCGGCCAAGGGGUACAUCGACCUAGGCUCGACGCUCGUCUUUUCCGGCGCCUUCAACGUCCUCACCGGCGUCAUCUUUGGCAUCCCCUUGCCCGUGCAGCCCAUGAAGCCCCUUGACUGGAUCUAUCCCGUGUUGGACAACCGCAUCUGGGCAUUGGUGGCAUUCCUCGUUCUCGUUUUUACGCAGAACAUGCCUCGCUUCCCUUACGCCCUGAGCUUCUUCGUUCUGGCUCUUGUGUUGGCCCUUAUCCAGGUGCUCACCUCCCACCAAAGCUUACCUUGGUUCCAGGUGUGGCACCCGCACUUUGUGCUUCCCUCCUGGGUUGGCAACGGAGAUGCUCCAGCCUUGUGGAUGGCCAUAGGGCAGCUUCCCUUGACGACUCUCAACUCCAUCAUCGCGGUGAGUGCGCUGGCUGCUGACCUGCUCCCGGACCUGCCAACUCCGUCCGUCACCUCCAUAGGCCUGAGUGUGGCGCUCAUGAACCUCACCGGCACGUGGUUUGGAGCCAUGCCAGUCUGUCACGGUGCUGGAGGGCUGGCUGCCCAGUUUCGCUUCGGCGCACGCAGCGGAGCCAGCGUGAUCCUGUUGGGCCUCUUGAAGAUCUUUCUGGGGCUGUUGUUUGGAAAGACGCUUGUCAAUCUGUUGACGCAAUAUCCAAAGAGCUUACUGGGCGUCAUGGUGGUGGCUGCUGGGUUGGAGCUGGCCAAGGUUGGUCACACCUUGAACCAAGGUGCUCCUGAUCUCUGGCAUGUGUCUGCUAGUCAAGGGGACCACGCUGCAGGCUUGAGGCAGCAUCGACAUCUCUCGGACGAAGAACGCCUCGAGAGAUGGACAGUCAUGCUGGUAACGACGGCCGGUCUCCUCGCAUUCAGGAAUGAUGCGGUUGGCUUCUUGGCCGGCAUGCUCUGCCACAGCUCAUACAGGCUCUCAGAGCGGUUUAUGGGCUGGAAAAGCCGUCGGUCGAUCAUCUCAAGCGAGCGGGCGCCAUUAUUACGAUGA